CCAAGUGGCAAAUAUCGCAAAACCAAAAAUGAGAAUUGACAAGUGCUGGCUGUGUUCCAGCAAUAUAUACCCAGGGCAUGGAAUAGUCUUCGUGCGCAAUGAUUCCAAAAUAUUCCGAUUCUGCCGAAGCAAGUGCCACAAACACUUCAAGGCUAAGCAUAAUCCCAGGAAAUUGAAAUGGACGAAGGCUGCCCGUAGGAUGCAUGGUAAAGAAAUGAUUACCGACGAUUCGGUUGAAAUGGAAAGACGUAGAAAUGCACCAGUCAGAUACGAUCGCAACUUGUAUAUUACAGCCAUCAAGACCAUCAAGAAGGCGGAGCGUGUGGAAGAACUGAGGAAACUGUUGCUCAGAAAAGAACGUAGACGCGCUAUAAUGGAAAAGAAACGAAUGCAACUAGAAAAGGAAAUGGAACGACAUGCCCAUAUAUUGGAAUUAGAAACUGAUAAGGAGGAACAGCGCAUACAGGAGUACGACGACUUUGAAAUGGAAACAAAGGCAAGGAGACAAACCGUACAGAUGAAGGUGGCAGAACCCAAAGAAUUCGUCAAAGUCAAAAAGACAAUCAAAAAGAAAAAGCGUGAUGAAAAUGCUAUGGACAUAGAUUGA